CGUUCACCAGCAGCUGUAGUUUCAUUUCAUGCAGUAUAUUGUACUUCUGUCUAGAAAUUCCAUCAAAAUACAACAAAAAAGCUUAUGUGGAUUGAGAUCAAGUAAUUAAGUGAAGCAUGGAAGUACUUAUGCGAUAUUUCUUCGGAAAACUGCUUUACAUAAUAUUGUUCAUGAAUGUGACAAUAUGUUACAGUUUCAACGUCACAUUGAAUAGAAGUGACAUACAGGAACAUAUAGCGUGCUGUAAUGUCUGUAGAUGCGAAGAUACUGAAGUGUUUUGCGACGGAGUUGCAUUACGAACGCUUCCAUUAGAUUGCCCACAAAAUACGACCCUACUUAGUCUGGCAGGUUGUGGAAUAAAUGAACUUAAAGAUGGAGAUCUUGGACAGAACUACAAACAUUUGCAAUCGCUGAACAUUUCUGGUAAUCGCAUUAACAUGAAACGCAAAACAUUUGAUGGGUUACAAAAGCUACAAGUAUUAAAUAUAGGAACAAAUGUGUACUCAAUCAAAGAUCUCCAUCCAUUAGUGUUCCAGAUGAUUCCGAAUAUUAAAUACAUAGAAUGGACAAGCUUGGGUGAUCGCACACUUGAAAGAGGCGUAGAAACUGUUAUGAACACAUUUCAAGGACUGGAAAAUUCUUCGAUUGAAACUAUCAUUCUGAAAAACAUGAAUCAAUAUCCAUUUUUUCUCAAAAAGUCUCAUCUCAAAUAUUUGAGGAAUUCACCUAUAAAACAACUUGUUUUAUAUAGAUUUUAUCUGACGGAAUUUGAUGUUGGUAUAUUCCAAUACAUACCACACAUAGAGGAAAUUGACUUUUCAAUGAACAAUCUGCAAAUGCCUGAACUAGUUCCAAGUCUGGUUCCAUAUUUAUUUUUCAAGCUAACCAAACUGAAAGGAAUCACAGCAACAGACAAUCUUAAGAGAAAGAGUCCAAGAUUAGUUGAGCUUCUCACAAAGGAACAAGCAAAAACAGUUUACCCAUUUCCUAAAACCAUUGAAUUCAUCGAUAUAUCGAGAUCAGUAUGUUCUGUUACUUCAUAUCUUGUGCCAUAUGGGAUAAAAUUUCAAAGUAAUAAUCGAUUGAAGAAGGUAAACUUUUCCAACGUAAAGCUAUUUCGGAAAGUUAGCGGUAAGAUCCUUGGAUUUGUACAGUUGAAAGAAGCGAACCUACAAGGAGGUGAAUGCGAAAUCCAAUCAUCAGUUUGGUCCUGUGAAAAAGGAGCAUUUGAAUCGCUUGAAAUUCUUAACAUUGCCCGUAAUUACAUUAAGUGGGCAUCUACUAUGAAUAAAAUAGAAGGAACAUUCAUAAAUUGUACCAGGCUACGUAUCCUUGAUAUGUCUUACAACAGUAUUGAUCACGUUCCUUCUAAAUUGCUAAAAGAUGCAGUUAAAUUAAGAAGUUUGAACCUCAGUGGGAAUAAUCUAAACACACUCAAUUUCGAGUUACAUGGUUUGACUUCUCUUAAGAUGCUUAAUGUAUCCAACAAUAAAUUAGAAACACUACCAAAGCGUAUGCAACAAGAGAUCAAUAUUAUAAACACUAAUCAGAGCCUUGUAAUUGACAUUGGAGGUAAUCCCCUAGUCUGUGGUUGUCACUCGUUUGAGUUCAUUUACUGGAUGCAAAAGAACAGAAAGAGCAUACACCAAUGGGAGAACUUACAGUGCAAAUAUCACAAUGACAAAUUGGUCCAUAUGCACACGGUAAACAUACUCACAUUGAAACUGUCUUGUUGGCGCAAUGUGAUCAUUGCUGGAACAGUACCAAGUGGAGUGAUUCUUUUGACAAUGUUUGUUGUGAUUCUGUCCUAUAAACGUCGAUACAAGCUGCAGUACUUGUACCUCCAACUAAGAGCCGCCAUAAGGUAUCAUGGAAAGAAGAAUUUGGACCAGGAAUAUAAUUUUGAUGGAUUUAUUAGCUACAGCUCCCUUGAUAAAACCUGGGGGCAAAAAACACUGUAUGCAAAGCUAGUAGGUGUCUAUAACUAUAGAAUAUGUAUCGAUGAUCACAACUUUAGACCAGGGGGUUAUAUCUCGGAUAUCAUCCUUGAUGCCAUCAACAGAAGUAAAAAAGUUAUUCUGAUCAUAAGUCAGAAUUUUCUCCGUAGUCGUUGGUGUGCUUAUGAAAUGAAUCUUGCGAGGGGUGAAUUAGCCAAUCGAGGCCGAGACUGCCUGAUAUUAAUUCUGAAAGAGCCGAUUUCUGUUUUUCCGCCAGAGCUGAUCAGCCCUACACUAAGAUCUCUCCUGGAUACUCGUGUUUACCUGGAAUGGAGCGAGGAUGCCGACAAGAAGGCAGUGUUUUGGAGAAAGCUGUGUGAUGCCCUAGGUGAGCCUAGACCGCAACAAACAGAUGUCCAGCAUAUAGUUAGUCCCUUUCUCACAGCUCAGACUGCAGAAGAUGAACAAAUGAUCCAAAACUUUGUGGCACAAGGUCAUAUUGACAAUGAUGAAAGACCACUUCUGUAGUGUCUUUGUAUAACAGUUGAAGUGGAUCCUAGACUAUGAUGUAUUUGAUAAGCUUUAAUGACAUCAAAUCCAGUUGACGUGGUAUGAUAAAUAACGGGUUCGAUAUUUUAAUCACAACCUUAUUCAGAUACUGUACUGUAUAUAAAAAAAGCAAGUAUUUUAUUAAAACUUAUUGUACACCAUGUACCUAUACUCAUUGAUAUUUUAUUUAAAAAAUGGCAAUUACAAAAUGGUUUGCAGGUACUCAUGGAAUUCUCAAUAUUGUUUUUUCAUGUUAUUAAUUUAUUUCUAAUAUAAACAAUAACAAUCGAUUUCAAUUAGCUAAUUGCCAAUAUCUGGAUGGAAUAGAUGGAACUAAGUCAAUUGUUUCACAUCAUACAUUAUUAAGCGUAAUUUCUCCUUUCUCAGACAAGGUAUUGGAUAUGCCAAAGGUAAAAGACCAAAAAUUGUUACAGAGCAAAGUACAAAAUGUACAACAAGGGUACACCAUUUAUAAGGAAAACAAACCCCAACUAACCAAAACCAUGAUCUAAUUAAACAAUGUCCAACAUCCCCCCACCCCCACCAUUCAAGUUCCAUUAUCAUAAUCCAUAACACCAAUGAACAUUUCAUUCAUACUAAAUUAAUUACAAUACAAGUUGAAGUAUUAACAGAAACUGAUAACCAAUAUGCAGUAGCUGUAGAUGGAUAUUUCAAAACCUCAGUCAUGCUACUCAAUGACGAACUUAGUCAAGUUUAACAAUAUUUUUUUUGGAGAUUUUUAAAAUAAUAUACUCUUAGUUUGGGAAAUGAUACAGAUACAUUCUCUUUAAAUAAGCUGUUUAGCUCAAAUAAUAUUAUAAUUUAUCCCUUAUACAAUGUAAUGUGGGGAAUUUUCUCAAACC